AUGUCGGCAAAGUCAAUUAGAGAGGCAGAUGGUAAAGCUUUACUUUCGUAUUUCUUGCCAAAAUCCCCGGUGUUUUCUGAAAACGAACCUAAGACUCUUUUCCAGCAGGGUAGCACCCCCAAGCUUGCCCAGCUGAACUUCGAGUCUGGUUCUAACGCCGCUGCUAUUGAGGAAGUUCUGUCACGUGCCGAGAAGGAGUACCCGUGGCUUCUUACGCCCGGUGCCAAAUUCGUUGCGAAACCUGAUCAAUUAAUCAAGCGCCGUGGAAAGUCUGGCCUCCUCGCUUUGAACAAAACCUGGGCCGAGGCCAAGGAAUGGGUGGCUCAACGUGCUGGCAAGCCCCAACAAGUUGAGCAUGUUGUGGGAGCUCUCACCAACUUCUUGGUUGAGCCAUUUGUUCCUCAUGAGCAACAGCAUGAAUAUUAUAUUAAUAUUCAUUCGGUUCGUGAAGGUGAUUGGAUUCUUUUCUAUCACGAGGGUGGUGUCGACGUUGGAGACGUUGACGCCAAAGCUUCCAAGUUCUUGAUGCCUAUCGACAUCGAGAAUGAGUACCCCACCAAUCAACAAAUUGCUAGUGCCCUCUUCCAGCACGUUCCAGCGGACCAACGCGACGUGCUUGUUGAUUUCGUGAAUCGUCUUUAUGCCGUCUAUGUUGACCUGCAAUUUACCUACCUUGAAAUCAACCCCCUUGUCGUUAUCCCAACCAAGGACGGUGCUGAGGUUCACUAUCUCGAUUUGGCUGGUAAGCUUGACCAGACUGCAGAGUUUGAGUGCGGCCCCAAGUGGGCUAUCGCUCGCGCUCCUGUGAAUUUGGGCCGCCAGGUUCUCGUUCAACAGACCACUGUUGACAAUGGUCCUCCCAUGGAAUUCCCUGCUCCUUUUGGUCGUGAGUUGACUUCGGAAGAAGCAUAUAUCGCUGAGCUUGAUUCUAAGACUGGUGCUUCGCUCAAGCUCACUGUUUUGAACGCUGAAGGUCGUAUCUGGACCUUGGUUGCUGGAGGUGGCGCUUCUGUUGUCUACGCUGAUGCUAUCGCUUCUGCAGGUUAUGCUGAUGAGCUCGCUAAUUAUGGUGAAUAUAGCGGUGCUCCCAACGAAGUCCAAACCUACGAGUACGCCAAGACGGUUCUUGAUCUCAUGACCCGUGGCUCACCUGUGGCUGAUGGUAAGGUUCUUUUCAUCGGUGGUGGUAUCGCAAACUUUACACAGGUUGGAUCCACCUUUAAAGGUAUCAUCCGUGCUUUCCGUGACUACAAGACUGCCUUGCACGCCCAUAAGGUCCGCAUUUAUGUGCGUCGUGGUGGCCCUAACUGGCAGGAGGGGCUGCGUUUGAUCAAGAAUGCCGGUGAGGAGCUGGAUCUGCCUAUGGAGAUCUAUGGUCCUGAUAUGCACGUGUCAGGUAUCGUUCCUUUGGCUUUGAAAGGAAAGAGGCCCGAGGGCGUCAAACCUUUUGGUGGUGACUCCCACUCUCUCAUUUAG